AGUCCAGGUCUGAUCUUGUGAAGUCAAACCGUGCGGAGGGUGGAGAUCAAUGACGUCACUGCAAAUAUCCCACUACAUGAAACCCUCCUGCCCCCUCACAGCAGCUUUAUAAAGUAUGAAGUAACAUCAAAUUGUUCACAUUUCUGAGGCAGACAACGAGCAGAGCUGCUUGCAGUCUUCUAUAGGAGAACACAAGGCUACAGGCUGCAGAAGAAGAAAUCUCCAACCAUGCAGAAGAUUGAAAGCCGUCUUCUUGGCCACCGAGCAAUGGCAAUCUUAUUAAUCUUCCUCCUUGGUGAGGUUGUAUCAUCUACUAAAGAGAUCCUUCAUCAUCGAGAGAAGAGAGGAACAAGGACAUAUAAAUCUUUGUGUAUGGAAAGACCCUCAGGAAAAAUCUACACAGGUGGAGACACCUGGCUGCGGUCUGCUGGACGGCGGGUGGAGUUCUGUCGCUGUGAGGAGGGGCGGAGAAGGUGUCACAGUGUGCCAUUCAUGGAAUGUUCGGAGACCAAGUGUUACAAUGGAGGACGCUGUCUACAGGCUCUUUACUCCCCGAAUUACCUGUGUAAUUGUCUCAGUGGAUUUACUGGAGAGCACUGUGAAAUAGAUACUUUGGCCUCCUGUUACGAGGGCUCAGGACAGUUCUUCCGAGGAAACUACAGUCGGACUAACAGCGGACUGGUCUGUUUGAACUGGAAGUCUGAGGCACUUAGUCAGAAGCCGUACAAUGCUCAGCACAAGGACGCACAAGAACUCGGGCUGGGAAACCACAACUAUUGCAGGAAUCCGGAUGGCGAUAAAAUUCCCUGGUGUUAUAUAUUUAAGAAUGGGAAGUACAACUGGGAUUACUGUAGUGUGCCAGCCUGCCGAGCAAACACGACAGACUGCUACUCCGAGCGAGGGACCACAUACCAAGGAUCACGGAUUACCACCCUAUCUGGUGCCAGCUGCUUGCGUUGGGACUCCCCCUUGCUGAAAAGAAAGCAGUUUAGUUCCUGGCAAGGCAGCGCCCGCCGAUUAGGACUGGGGAGCCACAAUUACUGCAGGAAUCCGGACAAUGACGUCCGUCCUUGGUGUCAUGUGAUGAACGGCACUGAAGUAUCAUGGCAGUUCUGCGACGUCCCCCGAUGCUCUACAUGUGGAAUCCGACGACCUCAGCUAAAGCCUCGCUUCCGAAUCGCUGGGGGUAAAUCUGCACAUAUAACCUCUCACCCGUGGACGGCGGCCAUCUUUCGCGUGUCCAGGGGCACAGAGUAUUUUCGUUGUGGAGGGACACUCAUAAGCCCCUGCUGGGUGGUGACGGCCGCCCAUUGCUUCCAUGAAGAGUCCUCUCCGAAUCUAUUACGAGUAAAACUGGGGCGGACAAUGCAGAUUGUACCCGGGCAGGAGGAACAAAGCUUCAGAGUGGAAAGCUUACACAUACACCCUCAGUUCGAUGAUUUCACCUUUGACAAUGACAUUGCUCUUCUAAAGCUCAAGUCUUCCUCUGGGUCGUGUGCUAUGGAGACGGACAGCGCUCGGCCGGCAUGUAUGCCUGUCAGGGAGCAGACUCUGCCAGACUGGACAGAAUGCGAAAUCUCAGGAUUCGGGAAGCAUGCACAUGACUCUCCAUUCCUGUCCAAGCAGCUGAAAGAAGGUCAUGUCAGGCUGUAUCCUGACAACCUGUGCUCCCCUGAACGACUAUCUGACCGCACGGUCACUGACAACAUGUUGUGCGCCGGCGACCCAGUUAACCAGGAUGAUGCUUGCCAGGGCGAUUCUGGGGGGCCACUCGUGUGUGCUGUUGAUGGUCGCAUGCACCUUUUUGGUGUCAUCAGCUGGGGAGAUAAGUGCGGGGUAAAGGACAGGCCUGGAGUUUAUACCCGAGUGACCCGUUAUAUAGACUGGAUACGGCAAAAGACAGGCAUUCAGUUGAACUGAGACCUGAUGGACACUACCACCCAAACCACUAAAGACAAUGCUGGACAUGUCAGAGACCAAAGACCAGCCAUGGCUAACAGGGGCCACACGUGAGCUGCGUGAUGGGUGUAAUGGAUAUUUAUGAUAUUUUAUAUUUAAUCAUACAAAGACCAAGCACAAGUUUCAGAGCAGGUCUGGAGACUUGGAUGAGAAGUAUUCCGAAGGUCCGUCCCUGUCCGAGGGUUCAUUCCGCUGGAAUUUCCAAGGUGACACUACGUCUGGUAAGAUCCGAAUGGAUCUACAGAUACUUCUGAAUGUGUUACGAUGACCCAAUCGUAGUUUAUUUUCCAUGCUGACGGACAAAAUUCAGCCAACAUAUUCAUAAAGCAAGCGGUGGAAGGAUGUUACCUGGACGUGAGCUCCAUACUUGGUGCAAGACAAUAGAAGCCUGAAGAAUACUCAGAGGAAGCAAUGACAGUUCUCUGAUUUCCACUCUUCUGUAUGGGAAAGAUUUUGGGGGGGGGGAUUUAUCAAAACUGGUGUAAAGGAACUGUAAUUGGCUUAGUUACCCAUGUUUGUUGUUUUUUUUUUUGGUCGCUCAUGCACAUCCUUCAUUCAAUGCCUAGGGGACUGAUGGAGAUGGCUGAGUCAGUCCCAUAGACUCGAAUGGAGUAGUAGUGCACAUGCGUGACCACCUCUCCGUUCAAGAGUACACGAGACCCUCAGUCUCGGGAUCCCGUGGAUAGGUGCUAAAUCUUUUUCGUGGGCAAGCUCCUUUAGUA